CGCUGUGGUUAAAAGUGAAAAAAUGUUGCUGGGCACUUAAAAGAAGAGAGCAGAGCGAGAAUGAGGAGACGGAGGGAUGAGUGUCAGAGAGAGAGAGAGAGGUAGAUAUGUGCUAGCAGAAGAAAAGGGGAAAGAAAGAAAGAAAAAGUAGAGAUAAAGAAACAGAAGAAAAGAAAAUCCCCCAAGUCAUCGGUCAAGAGGAGAAGACGACAAUGUGUUUCCUCUCUGGGACGCCCUGCUGCCUUCACUGACCAAGACUAAUGAGUCAUAUUGUGGUCAUGGAGUUGCUGUGGCCCUCAUACGUCCUGAUAGUCCUGUUGUCAGCCAAUGCAGCCCACUCCCACAAAGAGUCACAAACUCGAGGACUCUCCUGCGUGAGCGACUUCGUCCAAAAUGUCAGCUGUACGUGGAGCGGCUCUCCAGUUGCUCCUGGUGUUGACUGUUGGAUCCAUGGUACAAGGAAAAUCUGGAUCCUUGAGAACAGCACAAGAUACUCCAGACUAAUGAUUCGAAGCUGCAAGCUGAAACAUCACAACACGUCUCCUGUAGGCUGUAGUCUCGUCUUCGAAAAUGAAGACUUCAACUCUUAUGAAACCAACAAUAUCAGCCUGGAGUGUGACGGCAAGUUGUUGGAGAACCUUCCACAGUACCAACCAAGCAAAAACAUUAAAAUGAAUCCUCCAGGUGUUCCUACCGUCAUCAGCACUGCUAAUGAGACCUGCAUAUCAUGGAGUCCAGGCAGUCCUCGCUCAGUCUUCAUCACCAAAUUUAACUUCCAGGUUCAGAUCAAACUGAAACAACAGACGUGGAAGGAGGUCCAGAGUUUGCCCACAGGAGAGCCAUAUUUAAAAAUACCUGCUCUGCAGCCAAAGGGCCACUACCAGGUCAGAGUGAGGGUCAAGCCCAGCGAUAGGCCCAACAGCCACUGGAGCAACUGGAGUCCCACAACAUCCUGGAUCACAUUCCAGGAGCAAAAUUGGCUUCUGCAACCGACACCACUGAUACUGUUGGGAAUGAUGCUGCCUGUGGGUUUUCUUGUGAUAUUGGUCUUUUACUUGAGUUGUGUGCGCAAGGGGCGUCUCAAAGUGAAGCCAGUGCCAAACCCUUCCAAAUACUUCCACACCAUCUACUCUGUCCAAGGAGGAAAUCUGAAGAAAUGGCUGAAUCCUCUGUCAUCGUACUUCAUGGCUCAGUCAGAUGAUCACAUCUCCCCGGUGGAGGUCUGUGAAAGCUGGGACACUGUCCCCUCUGCCUCUCCUUCCACCAGCUCCACCAUUGCUCUGCUCCACAUCGGGAGCUUCCCCUCUGCCGGCUCUGACAGCAGCAAAGUUUUUGAUGACUCCUCCUCCUCCUCCUGCUUCUCUAACAUUGGCUAUUUCAUGUCCAGCACCUCCAGUAGCAUCACUACUGACCCCAAUCCUGCCUACUUCACUUAUCAGGACGAUUUCCACAACCUGCACAACAACCGCCGCCUUCAACUCAUCCUCUCCCCCUCCUUCACCUCCUCUAUGACCCACGAGCGCUUGAAGAGGGAGCCGCAGAGCCCAGAUUCUGGCUUUGGCAUCGGACAGGCAGACGAAGAGGACAAAACAGAAGAAACGAGCAUGCCUACAGAAGGGGACGAGGUCUCAGAUGAUCCUAAGAGCUCACCUCUUCUUAUCCUCCCUUUGCAUCCUCCUUCCUGGGUGUGCCCUACUUCCUCUGCCCUGUCCCCUCCUCAACUCCCCAGUCUCAAUCAGAUUUGGUCUGAUAGCCAAGAGGAGGAGGAGGAAGAAGAUGUAACAGCUGCUUACGGUAACUCUGAGGCCUGGCCUGUGGCUGGCACCAUGUGCAGGUCCUCCUCAAUGCCUGCUGAGCCUUGUAAAACAGGCUAUCUCACAAUAAAAGAACUACAGAUCACAUUCAGCAAUAAAUCUAUCUGAAAUCCCUGUGUAAAAUCUGAUCUGUGCAUUCUAGUUUGAGAGAGGAGUGUCUGCGACAUGUUGGAGUGCUCAUGUGCAGCUUCAGCUCAGAAGAGGUGAGGUGAGAGAUAAAUGUUGCUGCUCUUUAUAUGCUGUACAUGUUUCCGUUGCACUCAUUGACUCUGUGUAGAGACCAAACAAAAUAAAAGCUCUGGUAGAAAUGG